GGACCGACGGAUCGAAAAUGGAUUGUUCAUCWUCCGAAACAAUUCAAAAAUACAAAAGUUCAUAGUUGGUUGGUUGUGUUCGAUUGAUCAAGACAGGCAAGCACAGCAGCGAUUUCGACCACUAAUGUCGAGAAACACACUUUAAUAUUUCAUUUCGAUUAGCACAAGAGACACCCACUCAAACAUCCCCACUUGCAUCCAACAAUGAAUGGCAACGGCAACGCCACCGGUGAUUUGAAGGCUGUGGCAUGGGACCCAAAAUCUCCGGCCUCACUGUUGGUCCCAACGGUUAUUGAUGGCUCCGGUGACGACGACGACGCCGGCCAGAAGGAAGACAGCAUCGAGCGAAUCAGCGGGAUGGUAAUGAACUAUAAGUCGUGCGACGAUGGGGCCGGAUGCAACUCCUUCGAAUCUUCCGCCAUUAUGAAUAUGCUCGAUGCCCGCGACGAUUACCUGGAGAAGGUCAGUAGCGAUGCCUCGAUGAUUGGUUCGAAUCACCACCGGGCCCUUCUUUCGCUCUCCAAGGCCUACCGCAAGGCCCUGUCCAAUUGCCUCGUGGAGUGGUCGGAGGACAUCGAGAAACAAAAACUCGAAUCCCAAGAAACCGAAAACGGGACCGAAGUAGAACUGCAGGAGCAAGAACGAGACCUCCUCACGAUGACCUGCAGCUUUCUGCACCUGUCCAGUAUUUUCCUGCUUUUSCCGAGCCGGCAGGGAGAUUCCUCGAUGGACCUAGAUGGCGGCUUCAUGUACGAGGACGAGAUUAUGGGCCUGCCGGGAGCGGCGACCGCGGAUACCGUCCGGUACCUGCGAUUGCACUUCCUGGGGGACGCCGCGGAGCUCGUGGAUCCAGUGGUAUUGGACGAACUCUAUGAGGUGCUAGCGCCCGACAUGUACGGCGACGAAUACGACGGGACCGACGAUGGCGGUAGAGGAAACCUGUACUGGGAGCUCAUCGAAGGGUACGUCGUUCGGGGCUGCUUGGAAGAGGCUUGGGCCCUCCUUAGCCACCAUUCCCUCGUCGGUCAAUUCAAAGAACUAGAGGAAGAGGAAGACACACUCAGCGACUACCGAGCAAAUUCACUUGCACAAGACAGAGAGGGAUUUAGGGCUCUCAAGAAUAUUUUGUUGUCGGGUCCCCUACCGGGUGGUCGGAACAACCGCUUUGACGAAGGAUUCGAUUUCGACGACGCAAGGAGCGGAGCCGGCGACGCAGAAGAAGAAGAAUUGUUUGACGGGAUCUCGACCUUCGCCUAUCGUCUAUGGGAGACUAGCAGCGAACACGACGGCAGCAUCGAUGUCCGAGCGGGAGACUAUGCCGUCCGUUUUGAACCCAAUGCCGCCCGCCAGGUUCAUUACUACUGGAAGCAGGCCAUAGACGGCCUUCCUGCCCUCAAGCGGUUGCGCCAGCGUAUACCCCAGCUCAACCGCCUGCUGACCAUGAUGUGUGGGAACUUCCGAGAUAUUAACUUUGGGUCUUGGCAGGAAGAAUUCUGUGCGGAACUCCUGUACAAGAACCCCACGAUUCGAUUGGAAGACAUCCACGUUCGGGUGGCGGCGCUGAUGCAAAAGCACAAAGCCGACGAUGACGCGAACAGAUUCGACGAAACGAUUUUGACCAUCAUGAAGGGCAAUGCCGGUGAAGCAGUAUCCGCCAUGCAUUCUGUGGGGGGCAAUAGCGGGGCGGCACUUCCUGCAGUCAUGGUAUGUAUCCAACGCCGAAGAGAUGGCGAUGGUGUACGACCGGGUCGAGCAACGCAUCACAUAUUUUAGGCAUGCAAUAUGUUUCAUCCAAAUUCGAUACUUUUGGAUCUGGCCUGUGUCCCUAUUGUAGUUUUUUUUGUACAUGCCGAUCCUAUUUCACGCAGAAAAUAUCAAUUCUUCUCACCAUAUUUUCCGAUUGUUGUGCUUGCCAUCUUUCGCAUUCUUCAUACUUCACUAGACAUCCCUUCUACUUCAAUUGUUAGCAGACGCGAAGGUUUUGGAAUACAACACUGAAAAUACCAAUUACAGUACAGAGCUUUUGAUCCGUGCCUCUUCUGCAAUUCGGUCCUCGCUUGGCAUGGAGGGCCAUUGUGACUUAGGAACCCGGCUUGCUGUUCGAUUGCUUUUGCCACACAUCGAAAUUGACAGUGAUUUACGAAUCACGGCCACCCUUGUCAAURCACUUGAGCACCACUUUCCCAAGACAGAUUCAGAAGCGAAGAUCCUCCUAUCGCUAUGCCGUAAUCUAGUCGAGCGAAAGAACGUUCGCGUGUUGGAUGGUUGCGUUUCGAUCUGUCUUGCUCGGCAUCUUUUCUACAUUGGCAAAAACAUACCGGGCGGUGCCGUCCACUGGCUCCUUACUGGAAUUGAAUUCGAGUCUCUAGUCCUUUGCGACAGACCCAAGCGAUCCGGGGAUUGGCAAAAAGCCCUGGCGUCCGGCGUUUGCUAUAGAAAAUUGGUGGCUUACUUUACAGGCACAUCACAAUCCUUUUUGAAAGGGUUACUCGGCGAAGAAAAGGGAGCUUCGCUAUAUUAUGCACGAUCUGGAGAGAUGAUCGCGGCUACCAAAGAAGAUUCACCUAAUCAUAUCAACAAUCUUGCUUCCUUUGUUCCUGCUGUCAAUGUGCUCGAGAAUAUCUUUUUGAUUGCGGGUGCUAUCGUCGAAGGAAAGGACGACUCCGUUGUUGCAAGUAGCAUUGUCUCUUGUCUUGAAGAGAGACCGGAUGACGAAGACGACGGAGUAGUAUCCUCUCUGGCGCGGUCGUUGAAUUGGGACCUCUUCCGGUUAGGGGUAGAUAUCUUGAAAAGGGAUGCCGAGAACGCAAACAACACWAGAUCAAUCUCAUCGUUCGAUCCGAGAGGAAUKGGGGUCCUUUUGUCUGUUUUUACCGUCGAAACAAAGGCUCGUGAAUUGASAUCGCAGAACGAGGUGCUCUCGGAAGCUGAAGACAAAGAACUACGAAAUACAAGAUUGAUUCUUGCGGAAGGCCUCAAGCGAGCUUUUGUUGCCGAGAAUUCCAUGAAGAAGACGGCGAUGAACAGAAGAAAAAAGGCUUCGGUCGAGGGUAUUUGUUCUCCUAACUUUUCCAAGUACAGCCGGGAGCAACAAGAAGAGGCCGUACAGCGAAUGUUGGAAUACUGAAGCAGAGGAAGACUUGACUUCAAGUAACAUGAAAAAGAUUUUCUAUCCUACGCAACUUCUAUAGCGCUCAUCUUGUCGAAUGAUUGUCGUGAAAUAGAAUCAAAAACAUUUUGAGAAGGAGAGAUGUAUGRAACACUUUGAUGUCCCAACGCUAAAAAGGAGUUUGCGGGGCGAUUACUGUAUACAUUGAAUAUCUACAGCGUAGAGUAAAAGAUUGAAAGUCAU